AUGGCGGAACGAGUCCCUACACAAACUGGAAGCCCUUCAGCGCAACCGCGAAGUCCCAUCAGGAAGCGAUCACCUGGUGCGAUCACGAUGCAACAAAAGCAAGCAAUGAUUGACAACAUGCAACUUGAGAUUACCGAACGCGCCCGACGAUUAAGGGCUCAGUACAACUACAUGGCGACAACUGUUCGCUCCCGUAUUGAGAUGCGGCUCAACAGAGUUCCCAUGUCAAUGAGAAAUGUCAAGAUGGGCGAUUUGCUGCAGAAAUGUAUAGACCAAGAGCAACAACGAGCGGCGAGAUCAACUGCUCUCAUGAAGCCACCAACAAUCAGACGGGGAACAAGCCCAACUAAACAGACUCGACCUGCUGCGCUUGGCUUGAAGCCUCCUCCACAACCGCAGAAGCGCAUGAGCGAUGCCAUAUCAGGGGACAAGGAAAACGACUUGGAGCACACCCAGAAUGCCCAGAAGAGGGUUCGGGCAAACACAGACGCGACUCACGUUCGACCAGGGCAAAUUUUGUCACCAACUUCAUCCAACUCACGUAUGGCAAACCAAUCACGACCAGCAUCACCUACGAAAUCCAGUAUUGCACGACCAGCUUCGCCGUUGAAGAACUCUACGUCUUCGCGCACAACGACAGCUUCAAAUAUGCUCUCAAGCAUGGUAGACAAGGCCAAGGCCUCCCGAGCUGGGGCUUCACGGAAGUUAACUGCUACCUCAACCACAAGCUCGAGUACUGCUGGCAGCACAGCUGCGACAAGAAACAAACAAGCACCCGGCAACACAGCUUCGCGGGGCCCCGCUUCACGGCCAGCUACACGAACAGGACGUAGAUCUAUUGCCAACAGCGAGUCCAGCGAGGCAAGCUCUGGGACUGUGAUAAGGAAGGGGGCUACAUCAAGAAAUGGCACAGCUAAGAAGGGAACUACUGGCUCAACGCGCAAGGGUGCCACAACAGGGGCAGUUCGAAAAACAACGACAAAGACUUCAACCGCAUCCACAGGUACGGGUACGGGUACGGGGCGAGUAUUGCGGAAACGAGCAUAA